UCCGUGGCUGUGCAUCGUUCAGAAAUACAAGAGUCCCUCUGCGCUUGGGUGGCACAACGCGCAGGCUUUCUGCCCUGCGUAUUCUGGUCAGCGCGUACAUCACUCUGACGUUCGCAGACGCUAGCCUGUUGCCUCUCCUGUGCCGGUUCGAAAGCGAGAUCGGCAGUACUAAAACUCGGGGUGAUAGGACCGACCUGGUCCUAGUUAUUGUUUCUCUUUGGAGCCUAGCAGCAAGCAGAGUGUGGAGCACAGUCGUGGAUUGGACAUGGAGCUCAUGUGACAGGCUGAUACCGAAUAGGCAACAUGUGCGUGGUGGAUCUGUGAAUGCGAAGUUGUGAAACGGUUAAUGCUGUUGGGAUACACGGAGGACCAGAACAGCUUCCAGCGAAACGGUUUUGUCCCACAGUCAGCGGAUAGUACCUGAACACUAUGCUGCAAGGAUGGUGCAUUUGACCGCUAUCCCCCAAUCUUGAUAUUAAGGCUGCCCCCUAGGCAGACCAUUUAGUGCUGCCGUCUGAAGUCGGAGCGGAGGUAUUUGGGGACCAGCGACUGUCAACAUUGACGAGAAUAGAAUCAGUCUGCAUCGGGAAAAGGGGGACUGUAUCUGACAGGAGUCUGAUAGGAGCUACAAUGAGAGCCAUGAACACAGUGGGGGAAGAGCUGGACCACAUGAUACCAUGAAGAGAAGCCUGCAGGUCCUGCGCUACCGACUGCUGAGUGUUCUAGUGAUCCUGGCAGCGCCAGCGGGACUGCUGUCCUCUGCACAGGAGCUGUACCCCAGCCGAACGCCUCAGGAAUCCAUCUCCAUGGUCAAGCAGAGCCCAUCUCCUGCCUUCCCAUUGGACCUUGUUGCUUGGGAGGAGGGGUCAAGCAGCGGGACCUUGGACACCAGGGGCAGCCACCUGCUGACCGGCAGCAUUCAGCCCACCGUGGCCUUUGUGGCAUCCAGCUCCCCAUACACGAGCGCCGAUGAGGCGACUCCAGCCCACUCAAACCACUCCAUGGGCACUGACACAGCGACCCCGGUCAACGCUGCCAUUUCUUUCAACUAUGAUGGGCCAGGGAACAGACUCACCUCUUCCCCUGGGAGAUCUGAGAGCACAGGGCCCUCUCUGUCCCCUCUGCCCAUCCCCCGUGAGGGACGAGGGGACGCCCCGGAAACCGUGCAGACGGAAAUCCCAGACGCCGCGUGGACUACACCCAUCGAGGAGUCGAACGCGGAAGAGCCAACGGAUUCCAGCGAGCCUUACAUCACCACCGAGCUGCAGCCCUCCUCCUCCUUCCCCUCCCUGUUUUCCUCUUCCUCGUUUGCCUCUUUGGACCGGAUGCUCAAAGAGCCUGCCGAGACCACGCCCAAACUGGCCCCUCCCCACGCCAUCACCCUGCGGGAGUUGCGCUCCUCCCCACCUGAGGGCCCCACUAGCCCUCAGUUAGGGGAAGAGGAGAGCCCCACUCCUCCUCUGAACUCGCCCCCCGCAUCCAUCCCUCCAGCCUCCUCCUCUCCCUCUGCCUUCCCCAGCCUCGGCUCGGCUCUCAUGUACCCCACUGCUGUGACAGAGAGGGACCCUACUGCACUCAGCACUACAGACAGUGUAGGCGCCCCAAUUAAUGCCACAGGCUCAGACGUACCUAGGUACACUACAGACUCGCUUGGCAAUGCCACAGACUUACUUAGCAACGCAACAGACUUGCUUAGUAGCAACACCACAGACUCGCUUACCAAUGCCUCGCACACUCUUCAAAGUUCAGAGGGCAAUGUUACAGACGAACAUUCGGGUUUUUCGUCCAGCUCUGUUGGGAAUGGCUCCUCGACCACUGAGCCUGCCUCCACUGCCACCGGCAACUUCCUCAACCAGCUGGUUCCUGCGACCACACCAGGCCCCCAUGGACCCAGCAACCACUCAGACCCUGUUCUGGGCCCCCAGCACCCUCAUGCAACCAUCUGCCUGGGCAAGAUGGACAUAGUGUGGAUUGUGCUGGCCAUCAGCAUACCCGUCUCCUCUUGCUCUGUGCUCCUGACUGUGUGCUGCAUGAAGAGGAAGAAGAAGGCCUCCAGCCAGGAGAACAACCUGAGCUACUGGAACAAUACCAUCACCAUGGAUUACUUUAACCGGCAUGCUGUGGAGCUUCCCCGCGAGAUCCAGUCCCUGGAGACGGCCGAGGAGCAGGAGACCAGUUUGCCCCCUAAUGGAGACUACAAUGAGAGUGGUAUGGUGCUGGUCAACCCUUUCUGCCAAGAGACGCUCUUCAUCAACCGAGACAAGGCCUCCAAUAUCUAGAGAGACUCUGGCAGCCAUGUUCUUGUGGAAAUAAAUGAGGCCGACUCAGAAAGAGUGUCCACUGCUUUACCCUUUUUUUUUGGCUAUGGUUGUUAAUCAUUUUUAUAUAUGUGGUAAACUUUCAGAGACAGCGCUUUAUAUAUAAACAUAUAAAUUAAUUAAUAAAACAAACGCUAUUUACUAUGAGGGUGUGGCAGCAUAUUUUUCUGAUGUAGAUUUUCUAUGACUGCUUAAUUGUGAUAAAGGUUUUUAUGUCUUUUUAAAAAAACGAAAAGAAAAAAAAACUAUGUUUGGUUUUGGUUUACUACAAUUGUUUGGUGGUGAAAACAUUUGUAGCCGCCUAAAUUGUGUUAGAAAGAAAUAUAAGAUGUAUAAUUUUCAAUGAUCUAACCCAAAACAUUUCUAAGAUUAAAAGCCUGUUGAACUUGAAACUUGUGUUUAAAUAUUCACGUGGACGCUGAGAACGGUUAGCUAGUUUUAAAAGUUUAGCUGUAGUUGGGCAGUUCCUACAGACAGAGGGUGAGUCUCAAAGCUAUUGUAGAAGAUGGCAUGGGUGUGAUAACCAAGUUCUACUCAAGCCCAGUCCAAUAGGGCCAUGGUCGGCAGAAUUAUGCCCUAGCUGGGUGUUUAUGCUUGACUGAACAGCUUUAGCUCACCUCUUCUGUUCUUGAAAAUCAAUUCAGUCAUAGCCCUGAAGGUAAAGGUAUGGUAGUCCUGCAAUAGCGAGAGAACCUUAUUGUUGAACAGGACAGUAGAUAGCUAGGGAGUCUCUGAGAGUCAUAAAGCUGUGGGACAUCAGCACGGGAUGAUCAGGAGGAGUCCUGCCCUAUACAUUUCACCAGCCUGAAGAAUAUCAGAGGGACUCAGUCCCUCUAUCAAAAAGCCCUUAAAACUGUUGUUGUUUGUUCUGUACCGUUGUAUGUCCUGUAGUGUGUCGCUUGUUGAUGUUCUGUGUGCGCUGGCGCGUUUGUGUGUGUGUGUGUGUGUUUGGUACCUGAGAGGAGGCAGUGUCUGGAAUAGACACAGGUUCCAGGGUUGGUAAAGAUGGUGGGAUCUCCUAAUAAACAGGCCAUAAACAACCCUGACACUUUUUCCACUCAUAAAUCCGUACCAGAGAAAAUUAUGAUAAUUACUGUCCUGUGUGCUUUUUGAAUGUUGAUUGAUGGCUGUAAUAGAGGUAAUAGAUAUUAAUGACCAAUAAAACUGAGAGUACAUUUUGUUUGCCAAUUACCAUAAACACCUACAGUGGACCAAGAGGCUUAGCAAUGAGGUCACCAACAGAAACCACAGUAUUUUUCAAAUUUCAAUAAUGAGGGCGGUCUGGGCUCGUUAUCAGCCAGUCCAUAUUAUCAGUAAUACACCUUACCUUAAUCUCAAGAUAGAGAAUGAAGUUUCCAAACAUACAUUAAAACUUUUAUUAUCAAUUCAACUUUUUUUUCUUAUAUUGCGUCAUUUUUCUCUCAGUAAUAUUUUUUGGGUGGUAAAAUAAUAGUCCUUUUAAUUGCUUGUCCCUCAGCUUCUCACUCAUUGCUAAGGAUCAGGUCAACGGUGGGCCUCUGUGCUUGAGACCUAGUGCAUGUGUGUGAUUUGCUUCUGUGGGAAGUACUGAGUUGCAAGAAGGUGUAGUAUCACGUAAGAUAAUUGUGUUUGUUUUCAUGAAUAAAUGUUUUGCCGAGCUGAGCGUGUGGCAGGGAUAGAUGAACUUGUAUCCGACAGCAAGCCUUUUUUUAUUGUAGUAUAUACACUGUACUUUUUAAUGCUGAGCAAUAAAAAGAAAAAAGCUUUG